AUGCAGGUGAGAAAUGGUGACCUAACUUGCCAGUACGUGUCAUUCAGCAGCAAAUUCUCAGGAGAUGGAACUCCCGUCAGAGUAUUUGCUUCAAUUAAUCAUGGAAAUAAAUCAUCAGGGGUCCAUGAUUUAGCUUUCAUUUGGAUCGAAGAUGUUACAACGAGCCGUUUCAAGGCCUGUCUCGUACAAAGUGGCAAAAACUUAGAAAGUAACAGCACUAUGAUUGAUUGGUUUGCAUUCCAAGGAUCACAAACGGGAGUAUCUCAUGGCCAAGCUAUUUUUAGUUUUUUCACAACUGGAUCACAAUGCAAUCGGGUUAAAUUCACUCAGGUAUGGAUAACUAAAGCAUUAUAGUCGCUGAGUUCAUAAUCUAGUCUCUCAACAUCUUGUGAUGUCCCCUUCCGCUAAAAACACCUUUCGUCCUCCCUUUCUUACCCAGUUCUAUCUGUUUCUUCUGGAAUUUCUCUACUUCUUCUUUCUGUGUUUCUCAUCAAGUUUUUCGUUUCUUAAGUAUUCCUAUCAACAGUAUUUCCAAUCUUUGCCUUUGCAGUAUUUCUUUCUUCGUUUCUGUUAUCUUUGUGCACUCAUCUAUUUUUCUUUUUUAUUUCUUUUAAAUAAGCCGUUUACAUCGAUACCCAAAAUUCACGUGACAGUACAGCAUGGUACUCUAAACCAAGUUCAGGACGCCAUGAAUAUUUGGAUUGCAAACGUCUCUACGAAUCAUUUUGAAGUUUGUCUACAGGAAUCGACGACAUUCGACGGCCUUCAUGAUAAACUCUUAGUGGUAUGUUGAACAUAGCAAUUACAAAACAGUUAUCACACGGUCAGGAAGUCUAUGAUAUCUAUUUUUCUUUUUGCAGAACUGGAUGGCCUACGAACAUUACCCACUAUCCUGGGAGGCAAAGGAGUCCUCAGCCGUAAGUUUUUCCGAAAAUGAGGUACCAUCUACAAGAGACAGUUACGCCUUGUGUAAGGUAUGAAUUACCCCACGUUAAACUGCUAUCAACUUCAUCACAUAGAAAAUAAUCAAAUUAUCUCUGCCAGAUAAAUCAGGAGCUGAGAGCACAAGCGUAAUUUUUCGAUAUGUACCAACGUCAUACAUGGUCAUCUAACUCCAAACGGAGAAAAAUAGAAAUAUAUCAAAUUUAGGAGCUCUACCGCUUAUUAUAAAAUUAUGAAGAUGAAAGCAAACUUUUUAAAGGUUUUAAGACCUUAUGGAAUGUGUUCCCCCCAAUAGAUUCCACCAUAAAUCCUCCAAUAGCAAACCUUCAGUAACAGUCAGCUUUUCUGGGGGAACCCUUCAUCAUUUAAUUCCAGCAUUGCCAUUCUUCGGGAGACGGAGAAGUGGCAACACUGAACGGUCUUUACAUGGAACAAUGUGAAGCAACAAGCUUAAAAAGAAUUAGGCAUAAAAAUAUAUAAUUUGUGCCAACUUCCAUUUUUCAGAAUGUCACUUUUUCGAUUCCAUUUUACUCUGCACCUUUGUUAAUUACAACUGUCAUCAAUGGUGACGGUAACAAUGCAAACAACGCUUGCUCAGUGAAAGGGCCUAUAAUCACUUGGCUGGAGGUGAGAUGGUAAAAUAUUCAGACACUUAUAUCAUUAGACCUUAUAUGGAAACCAGGAAUUAGAAGAUCAAAACAAUUUGGGUUUCAGCCAAUGACAGAAAUGAGUAAAACAAAAACAGAAACCAAAAUUUGCGAAGUAAAAAAUCAGGCAACCGCUACUACAUGGUUUUUGGAGGGUUUUUACUUGGUACAUGGGACAGCCAGGACUCAAGUUAAAAUCUCAUUAAAUAGUUUAAAAAACAAUUGUAUAUGAAUUGUCAACAUUAAAUUAAAUUAAAACAGAACUAAGUUUCUUUGUAAUCUAAAUCAGCCCAGAGAGUGACGUGGUAGGUCUCUUCUGAUAAUAUGACAAGUUUUACAAAACCACUAUCGUGCAAUUUUUCAACAUUUUUGGUGAAACUUAAGGAGGACGACAGUAAUUGAGUUAUACCCACGUAGCGGUCAGAAGACUUGCUUUGACCUUAUGUUUUUACCACAUUUUUUCGCCUUUCUUUCUUUAAAGGAAGUGACUACCUCUUACUUUCGAGUUUGUAUAAAGGAUAGUGCCGGAUAUGAUGGUCAGAGAAGCAAAGUACUUGUUGAUUAUUUGCUUUUCGGAGGUAAAAUUUUAUAAUAUAAAUAUCAUUAAAUUUACCAACUGAAAUACAUUUAGCUGAUUUCGACGAUGUUAGCCAUCGCAAAAGGCAUUAGGGUUUGGUUUCGCGCAAAACUCUUAAUAAACUCUCAUCGAGUAAGUGUUUGUAAGCAAAGAAUUCCAAGAAUUACACAAAAAAAAUUUUCAGAAGAUGAUAGUUAUUUUAGAUAAAGAUAACAAUUAGAUCAAGGAAACCAAUUAAUUUCAAUUUAGAACACGUUAUCUUCGAUUACUCUUUUUACUGUGACACCUUAAAUUGUGUGUACUUCAGUUUGCUGUAGGUGCAGAAACCAAUCCCCUUCCUAGCCCCAGUCCGCACGGCCAUCUAUAUAGCUUUGAAUUUUCGCGCGGAUCUUGCAAAUAAGAAAGGUCUGAGCUCGUGUAAAGGUAUUCGCAAGUACAUUCUUCAGCAGUAUUUCAAAAAUCGUCAGGUAGAUUGCUCUUUCGUCGAGUGUCCCGUGUUCCUUAUGUUAGUAGUAUUGCCUUGGUUGUACAUAUUUCUUGUUAUUUGUAUUUCCUAUGUUAUUUCUGAUCUUGUAAUUAGUCGUUCCGUUCUUGAUGUACUAUGUUCGUAAUACUUUACUUAGAACCCACUGGUAAUGGCGUGGAAAUUAAACUCCUCUUAAGCUUAUCGCUGGUGCGUUGGUUAUAGUAGGUAUCAAGUAAAUUUCAAACAUUCAUUUUCGGAGCUGCGAAAGACUGGGACAACCGAUUGGCGCAUUGAAAAAAAGGAAAUGUUUCGUCUAUUUUCAAAGUAAAAAAAUGAGAAAUUUCCUAGAAAAUUUUAAUUAUCUUUAAGCAAUACUUCUAAUCUUGAGACUAUAUCAUUUGCAGAUUGUAAAAGUUGUUCUCUUUUAAGAUGUUAAUAGCAAACUUAACCAUUUAUUAAUUUUAUUGAGGCAUUUACUCAUUUUAUCGAGGCCCACUUAAGACCGUUUUGGCGAGUUGGGUUCCCUUUUUAAAUAUAAGUGGCUUUAUUAUUAUCUUUACAAUUACCAUCAUCAUCGUCAUGCUUACUAUAAACACAAUAAUCAAUAUCAUUAUAUGGAGUGGAAGAGAGCUAAAAAUAUUUGCGUGAGACCCUUAACGUAUACUCCGCUAUUUGCAAUCUCCCGUCUACUAAUAACUCUACCGGUACCGUUAUGUACUGAAGCUUUUGUAUUCAGCUUUUGCUCUAAACAAAUGAAUAUGUCAAUUGCAGAUCUCGAUCCUUGUUCGAAUGCAAGUUGCAAGUAUCACAGCCAUUGUGUAUCCUUGUCUCCGAACCAAUUUACUUGUGCUUGCGAAGGCAGUUGUCCAUCGUAUGAGGAACAGGUCUGCGCAUCUAACGGUCGCACAUUUACCAACUUGUGCCUUCUCAAGCAAGAAAUUUGUAGAACACGUGGGAAUUACACUAAGUAUCAUCCUGGAAGCUGUAUAGGUACAUUCUUAUUCAAAUCUAAAACCUUUAAAUCGGCUUAGUAUUUGUUUUAAGGCCAUUUAUUUUAGAGCCUUUUUCUGAUGGCUCGAACAUUAAAAGAAAUACUAAAUUUCUUUUUCUUAAAUGUCCCACGUUCAAUAAAAGUAUUAAGUAUCUUAAUUUAAAAAUCUUGCUUUGUUGGACCCUGAACACCAAGCGUACACCAACAAGGAGAAUAUUUUGCGCGUCUGCCGUUGCUCGCAAACUUUUCGAGGAGAGACUACCCGGGCUUUUACUUAAGGAAACCAUCCUGAUAGCUAGCUUUACUUUUACAUUUUAAUAGAAAUGGUAUAAUGGACUGUUAAAUUAUUGCCCUUAAAAAAAACUUACGAUGGUGAUCUGAGCCAUGACUUAAUAUAUAUAUAUAUAUAUAUAUAUAUAUUAUUAUAUUUUAACCGGAGGGCUCAAAAUUUUGCAUCUUCCCUAUUCUAAUAAUAAUUGUGUACUUUAGGUUUCCCUCUUCAGAAAGGAAGACAUCAAUUCGGGAACGUUCCUUCUUGGGCAGAAGACCAGUGUGAGGUCAUCCAGUUUAAAUCUUUCAUAUUUUACCCUGACCAGAAAAUAUACGUACAACUUACUGUCAAUCAUGUGAACUAUAGUGACUCCACUGUGGUACAUGAAGCCACAACACCCUGGGUUGAGAGUGUCAACAGCACUCAGUUCACAGCUUGUGUCACUCGAGCUGGGAGGAAUGAUUACCCCUCGGAUAGCUUUGCCACAGUUGAUUGGGUCGCUUAUCAGGGUGCUCCGUCUGGGGGAGUGGCAGGCGAGAAAUGGUUCUCGAGAUGGUGGACUGGAACUAGCUGUCAAAAGGUCACCUUUGCCAAGGUAAUGCUAUUUUAAUGCUUCAGUAGCACUUACCCUCAAAACUCCAAAAAAGAAAAAAUAAAAACUUGACUUUCAAAGCUUUUAAAGCAUUGAAAAUGCUCCUCACGUGCACGCAAAGUUGGUUACUCUUCUCUAAGCUGUUGGAAAACUACGAGAAGGGAAGGAAAAGAGAUGUAAGCUGAAAAAGCUCAUUGAUACUCGCUGGAAAUUCAAAUUACCUUUCUUUAAGUUUGACUUGGAAAAGACUUGAAUUUCAUUUGGUCUCUUGAAAAGACUGCUUGAAAACAUUAGAAAAUGUAAAACAUAUAGAAUUUGUCGAAUUCCUGAAACUGUGAACGAUACUUUAGUGCCCGAAAAGAGUCUAAACUUCUUGGCUUGUAGUUUUAUAAAAUGCUAUCGAAUCCCUUCGUUACUUUCAUCCAGCUUUUUGGUUGCAUCCUAUACAUUUCUUAGGGAAAAUUUUCUCAGCCACCGACGAUUUUUGCAACAGCCGAGCACCACAGAUCCCGCCUUAAGCACGAUGCCACCAGUUUGUGGAUGGAAGAUGUCUCCGUAAAUUCCUUCAAGAUUUGUCUUCGUGAGCUGCAGAAUUUUGCAGGGGUACAUGACGACAUAUCGGUGGUGAGUAUUUUUACGUUUUAAGACAUGCAAUUAUUAGGGGUUCACUGUUUACAAAGAACUCGACGUCUUGGUGUGAUCAAUUGUGAGGCAAUUUUCAACACAAGGACCUCAGCACGAAUAAAUAGAAUCGAGCUACCGACCAUCAUUGCAUUAGUUGCACUUCACAGAGGAAUGCAAUCGCCUGAAGAGGCUUCUCUGAAACUUGAAUAUGCACCGCGCUUUAUCACAAAUUAAAAGCCGCUUGGGAAAGAAUUCCAUUAACCUCUUACUGUUCUUAAACAGAGUAUUAAUACUAGAGAAAGAGAGGGAGUGUAAUACAUCCUUUCUUGUCCCAAAAGUAAAUUCUUGUUUUCGCCAUUGUUUUCUUUCAUCAUGUAAUUAAGUAUGCGGUUGCACUUUCAUUACCCUAUUCUUUUAUCCAUCUUUGUGCAUUGGUUUUUUUUAUUUAGAACUGGCUUGCGUUCGAGUCCCUUCACAGACCAUUGUUUUCAGAACACAGUGAUGUAAACUUUCAGAAUAACCUUUCACCAUCAGAGAUUUAUAAUUUUGCCUUCUGUAAGGUGAGUUCAACACUGAGUGAUUUGGAAAAACAUGUAUGCUAGCAGUAAUAUGUUUCUCUGUUUGUACAUAUUGCUUUUGUUUUGGUGUGUAUUCAGUAAUCUUCGAGAGUUUUUAUUGCUUUUGCAGCUUUAUUAAUUGUCAUUGUCUCGUUGGGAUCAUGCAAAGCAUCUUGUAUCAAAUAGGACGACUCAGUUUCCUAGAGGCAAGCUCCAAUAACAAGAUGUCUUAUUUCAUUCCAUAGGACGUGAGUUUCAAGCGAAGCUACGAAAAAUCACCAACGGUGUUGGUAACAGCCAAACAUUCUAUCAAAGGAGGAAAGGUAGCCGCAGAGUGCAAUGGAAUUGUGAGCUGGACUGAGGUAAUCCAGAGGGCUGUCAUAAGGGAAAAAAGAUUUCACCAUCCCAAAAAUCAUUGAGGCUAGAUAUUCAUGUUUCAAGCGUGGAAGAAUAGAGGCUGAUAAAGUAAUAAAAAUUGUUAAUUGACGCCAUUUUCAGAUGAGGCUUUCAAUAACAGUAUCACACUCUUACAAUUAUCUGCAGAAAAAAGAGGGAAAUAUCGCAAGCGUGUACUACAGCUUCCUUUAUGAGACUAUGAUUUCAUGUUUGGCCCUUCAUUAUGACAUAUUUAGCUCCUACUGAAACAGAAACAGAACUCAAUUUUCUCCAGCCCUAAUUUUCUCACAUUUUGUUUGUUUGUUCGGUUUUUUUUCAAGUUUAUCACCCCCUCUAGAUUCCGCAUUUGCGUGAAGGAACUGUUCAUCCAGCAUUACGAUCCAUUGUUGGUAUCCUAUGCAGUGCUAUCAGGUUAGUGAAUAUUUCUACCCCUAUUCAAAAGGCAUUCUUGGCAACGUUACUAUUCAUAACAGGUUUUAGGCCCUUAAUACUCCAAACUGACAUAAAUUAGGGUUUAAAUAUACAAAAACAAUCAAAAUUAAUAGCAGCUCACGUGUAAAAUAGCAAUGAUACGGGUGCAAGAGGUGACUUUUGACAUUCUUCUCGCUCCGCGGUGAACUUUAUUAACCAAACAUAACCCAAUCAUGACGAAAACGUUUAUCGCAUGUCACUUGUCAGUUGUGGGUGUCUGCAGAAUAACGAAUAAGUCUUGAUGAUUUUAUUACGGCUGUUAUAUGCCAUGGAUUACUUCAGAUAGAGGCGUCGAGACAAUUCCAUCAUGAUUCUCGAUCUCAGAAAUACGCGGAAAGUAGUAUGCAGUCGAUAUUCAUUUCAUGUUGAUGAUUGAUUUGUGCAGGACGCCUAAGAAAGGUGCAUAAUACAGUUUUAAAGUCUUAAAUCGUACCAGUGAGGCCAUAAUAGUAAUUGUGCACGUCAGACUCUUGGACAAUAGACCGAUCUCUUUAUAUAAAAAAUCUCACUCCCAAUCAUUCAUUUUCCUCCUCUUAUCUCAAAAGAUGUUUGUGAGGAGAAAUGGAAGUAUUUCAAUGGAUAUUGUUACAGGAAAGUAUCUUCUUGUGAUUCGUGGACCAACAGCCAGGGUACAUGCGCAGCCCUGGGGGCUAAUCUUCCCAGUAUCCACAGUCAAGAAGAGAAUGUUUAUGUUCAAAGUCUACAUGGCGGGGAGUAUUCUUGGCUGGGGCUCUUUGAUAUAAAUACUGAAGGGAAAUUUGUGUGGAGCGAUGGAACAUCGUAUGACUUCCAUUACUGGGCGGAACACCAGCCAAACAACUUUCACGAUGAGGACUGUAUUCAUACGCUUGGUUUCCUUCAAGAUCAUCGAUACGAAUGGAACGAUGUUAACUGCAGUGACUGUCACAGAUUCACUUGUAAGAAAGGUAAGACAUAAUUUUAGGGCCAAAUUGAAUCCAGCAACAGUGAUGAAAAAUUAACAACAUUUUUUUAAAUCUUUCACUCUACAUACCAUCUCCCCCUGUGACUGAUAAGGACAGACAUUUUUUUUUAUCUUCAAAAAGGGAACUGCGCGACGACUUAAACUUCUGCGUCAGAUAAUCGACCGCCGCUGAAUUGUCGAUUUCUUUGAGCAAUUCCUGAAGAACAGCAUGAUCUCAUAGAAAAAUGAAAAAAAAUCCCUUAACGUAUUUUGUCCAGUGAAACCAUGGAGAUUACACAGCUUGAUUUCUAGCUUUUCGUCACAGACUUCAACGAAUGUAACGAUUUCUUCAACGAUUGUCCGGUGAAUACCUCUUGUGUGAACAGUGAUGGUUCAUACGCAUGUCGAUGUCCUAUUGGUUUUCGUCUAGAGGGGAAAAAUUGCUCAGGUUUGUCAAAUUAUAAACAUUCAUUUAGAAGAAACAAUAGUAUGGUCUUGAAUAAAAUUAACACGUAAAACCGUAAUACCGUGAUUGGUUGUCAAACCAUUUUGUUUUGGUCUAAAAUUGAAAAUAAUAUUAAUGCUAGUUCACUUUCGUAGUUUCGUGAUAAAAAUUGAUUACAUUUCAGAUUCACGAGGAAUCGUUUGAAAGAUUUUUUCAAAACAUUAUACUGAUCAGUCGAGCCAUGACAUGUAUUUGAAUUUUUCAUUGCUAAUCUAAAAUUUAUUUUAAAUAUUACACAUAUUAUAAAAAUAAUAUUGUUUUUCAUUAAAACAGAUGUAGACGAAUGCAGUUCAGGGUCAUUUUCCUGCCAUGCAAAAGCUAAGUGUGUCAAUACCCCUGGUUCCUACUCUUGCAUAUGUUCAGCAGGAUACAAAGGAGAUGGGAAGAUAAAUUGUACCAUACCAAGUAAGUAAGAAAUCACCUCGAAGGGUCAACAUAUUUCCUAUCUUCCUGGUACUAACGAAAAAAAAAGAAGAAGAAAAAAUACCUCCCGAACUCUCAAUACCUCAAGGAAUUGUAAACGAAGGUGUGGCAGGGAGGCUUUAGCUUUCGGAAUCGAGUAACAUGUAAUACAGAACAGACUCGCCGAGCAAAUGAACACUUCUUUUCGACCUGUUUAUCAGUCUUCUUUCAAAUGCUUAACGUUCUGGAUUUUCAAUCAACAGCUAACUGCGCAGGGCUGUACAAAUCUGGUAAAACAACCAGCGGUGUUUAUUCAAUCGACCCUGAUGGCUCUGGUGCCUUUGAUGUAUACUGUGACCAAACAACAGCUGGUGGGGGUUGGGUAGUGUUUCAAAAAAGACAGGAUGGCUCGGUAGAUUUCUACCGCGGCUGGAUCGACUACAAGAACGGCUUUGGUAAUCUGAAUGGUGAGUUUUGGCUGGGACUGGAUAAGAUUCACCGCCUUACAAAAACAAAGAAUAAGCUACGGGUAGAUCUGAUGGACACCACAGGCAGCACUGCUUACGCGGAGUACAACAUGUUUUCAGUUAGCAGUGAGAGGACUAAGUACAAGCUUAGCCUUGGGACCUACUCAGGUAGGAGAAGAAUGUUCGACACCAUUUGAUAGAGGCUUAAGUGCUUCGUUGUGGAAUUUUAAAUGUGAAACUAAACGUGUUCGAAAAAUAUUUUUUCACUUUAAAGAUGGAUUAAAAUAUGGUAGGGUACAAUUGUCCUUUAUUCAUAAAUAUUGGUCUUUGUGCUCGAUGUCCUAAGUAUCGCUCGCGGCUGCAGUGCACCCGAAAGAAACGAAUAAUGGCGAAAUUUAGACGAAAAAAGCACAAAUUCCACACCACUGCAUCGCCAACCUACAAAUAAACUUCAAUUCCUCUAAAAAGAUCUUUUCAUUUGAAUUUACUCAUGGCAUCCGUAAACCUUUUUAGAUUGAGUGAGUUCAGGUUAACUUGACUAUAUUAAUGAGGGAAUAAAAAAGACUAGAGAUUAGCGAAAUAUGAUAACAAGUAAUAUGACCUGUGCAAGUAAUGAGCUUGGAACUGAUAAGGGCAGAAAAAUUCCAUAUCGUGGUCCCCAAUGUUAAGGUGACUCCUCAGUAUGCAAUCCAGAGACAAAUUGAUGCUGAUAUCAUGGAUUUUACUGUCUCCGCGUCCAUUACUGUUGACAGGACUACCACAUCAACUCCAUCGUUAUUUGCAUUCAAGACCUUGUCUACAAACAAUAUUAAAUCGCUUAUUCAUAACUCAGCAUUGAAGUCCUGCCCACUCGACCCUAUGCCCUCUCGCUUGGUCAGCAAAUGCGAUACUCUUCUUCCAGUCGUUACCAUGAUCAAAAAUUGAAUCAUUAGAAGCCGGUCACUUUCUCGAGCGCUGAGUGGAAGGAGGCGCUAGCAUGUCCAUUACUCAAGAAGUCCGGUCUCGAUAUCAUAUUGAAGAAUUUGAGACCUGUAAGCAAUAAGGCUUUUUUUAUCGAAGCUCAUUGAGAAAGCAGCUUUACAUCGGCUACACGAUCACAUGGUUAACAUGAACUUUUGACCGACUACGCAAUCGCCUUACAGAGAGAACAACAGCAUUUAACUGCACUCCUAAAAGUCGAAAAGCAAAAUCCUACCUAAAAUGAAUAAGCAGCAUCCAACUCUUCUCGAGCUUGACAUGCGCAAUUGAAUAUUUCAUAUUGAUAAUUAUACAGUCAAUAAAUACCAUAUUUUUAUAUAAUAAGUAUUAGUAAUAUAUUAUUAGUAAUAGUAUUGUUAUUGUUGUUAUUCACUCAACUAGCCUGGCCAAUGAAGGGAUUUCGCAUUCCGGCCCGCUCUGAAAGUAAAAAAGGGAGUUAAUAUUGAUUAUGCUAAAUUCGCUUUUUCCCGUGCAAUUCAGCCAUCAUCGAACUCUUCUAACACUUUUUGGGUGGAUUUUUCAGGAACUGCCGGCGAUUCUCUUUCUUAUCAUCGUGGUUAUCCCUUUUCAACCAAAGAUCAGGAUAAUGACGUAGAUAGUAGAAACUGUGCUAUGACUUACAAAGGAGCGUGGUGGUACAAGUACUGUCAUAGGUCUAACCUGAAUGGACUGUAUCAUCAUGGGAAGCACUCAUCUUAUGCCGAUGGAGUCCAUUGGUAUCACUGGAAGGGAUAUAACUACUCCGUCAAGAGAGCUGAAAUGAAAAUUAGACCAGCCUGA